AUGGCUCUCUCCAUCACCGCUGUCUACACCUUGUUCUUGAUCGUUCUCCCCUUUGCCUAUAGCGCUGUCAAAUGGCUGCUCUCGACAACGCGUCCCAGCCGCUUUCCACCUGGGCCACCAACUGUAUUGGGUCUUGGGAACUGGCACCAGAUCCCUUCGGUCUGGCACUUCUUCCAGCUCGAUAGAUGGGCCAAAGAGUAUGGGCCUAUCAUGGGCCUCAAGUUGGGGCCUCGUAAUGUGGUCGUGUUGAACGAUGCAUCGAUGGUCUAUGAGCUGAUCGUCAAGCGGGCGACCUCCUUUUCGGAACGGCCCCCGAUGUAUAUCGCCCAGAACCACAUCUUGCCAGAAGGUAAACAUUCGUACAGCCUGUUUAUGCGGGAUGACGACGGCAACCGACUCCGAUCUCUCGCAAAACAGACCCUGGUUGGCACCGGGCUCAACAAUUUGGCUCCUAUGCAGAAGGCGGCGGCCACGCGUUUGGUCUAUCAGCUGUAUGAGAAUGGCGAGCAAUGGACCGAACAUCUCAAACCAUGGUCGCUGGCCACUCCCGUCGCCAUGAUGAGCGGCGCGCCGAUCCAGGACUUCGUCCAAGACUUUGGCAAGCAGUGGAUUGACGACUACGGUCUCUCGCAGCAGCUGUGGAUUGAGCUUCUGGAUCCCACGAACCCCCCGGUGGACCUCUUCCCGAUCUUGCGCUGGGUCCCCGCCAUGUUCGCAGAAUGGAAACGCAAGGCCCCUGUGGCACGCAAGUACCUCCUGGACGCGUACAACGGCCUCAUCCUACAAGCGGAAAAGAGCAUGCAGCGUCAAGGCGGCACGCUCAGCUCCCUCGCCAUUAUCCCAAAGCUACUCCGCCAGGCCUCCAACACCUUCACCAACGACGAAGGGCUCGAUAUGACCGUGUUUAUGGGAGGUCUAUUUGACGCUGCCGUAGGCUCCACCCUCAUGUCCUUCCAAACCCUCAUCCUCGCCCUCGCUGCACACCCAGACGUCCAACGCAGAGCCCAGGCCGAAGUCGACCGCGUCUUCGGCACCGAGCACCUACCCGAGCGAAUUGAGCUGGACAAACUCCCCUACGUGCACGCCUGCGUGACCGAGGCGCAGCGCUGGCGCCCGCUGGGCGCGUACUUCAUGACCCAGUUCGGGCUGCCGCGCGAGAGCGUCGCCGAGGAGGAGAUCGACGGGUACCGCAUCCCCAAGGGUUCAUCGGUGGUCAUCAACCAGUGGUCCAUCCACCACGACCCGGAGUUCUACGAGGCGCCGGAGCGCUACAACCCGGACCGGUACUACGAUAACCCCGUGGGUGCGAAGAAGGGGGUGUCGCAGGCGGGUCGCAAGCCCAUCUAUACGUUCGGAGCUGGCCGGAAGGAGUGUCUGGGCAAGGACUUUUACUUCCAGAAUGCGCGCAUCACCUGCGCCCAGAUCCUCUGGGCGUUUGACAUCGUGCCUGACGGAGAGCUGGAUUUGGAUGUGCGGACGGGGUUCACGCCGGCAGUGGUUAUGAUGCCGAAGCCGUUUAAGGUUAGGUUUGUGCCGCGUAAGAGCGGGGAGGUUCUGUUGAAUGAGAAGGAGAAGGCGGAUGCGAAGUAUACCGAAAUUCUGGGGUAG